CAUUUUUAGGCUACUGGCUAGCUUGCUAAGCAAGGGGUCUCUAUCGGGAGGAGGCGGAGAAGACUGCAGGCAGCAGAGAUAGGCAGUCAGAUCAAGGGACUGACCCUUCCCUCAAGAAUCGGGGAGCAUUUCCUUACGCAAAAUUAUUAAUAGAAAAGCUAUACAAUGUCCGAUUUUGACAGCAAUCCGUUCGCAGACCCAGACUUCAGCAAUCCCUUUCAGGAUCCUUCUGUGACACAGGUGACCCGGUCUGCCCCUCCUGGUGGUCUGGAGGAGUACAACCCCUUCACAGACGCCAGAACGGCAGCCCCUGGAAAUGCCCCCAAAUCUACUCCGGCCCCUUCCCAGAACACACAGCCUGCCAUCAUGAAGCCCACAGAAGAGCCGCCGGCUUACUCAAAGCAACAGACUCAGGACCAAGCACGUGCUCAAGCUGAGUUGCUGAGAAGGCAGGAGGAGCUGGAGAAGAAAGCAGCAGAGCUCGAUCGUCGGGAGAGAGAGUUACAGUCCCAUGGAGCUGCAGGAGGGCGUAAAAACAACUGGCCUCCGCUGCCAGAGAAGUUUCCCGUUGGCCCAUGUUUCUACCAUGACAUCGCAGUGGACAUUCCCGUAGAGUUCCAGAAGACGGUCAAGAUCAUGUACAACCUUUGGAUGUUUCAUGCAGGCACACUUUUUGUGAACAUGUUUGGCUGCCUGGCCUGGUUCUGUGUGGAUGCAACUCGUGGUGUAGACUUUGGCCUGGCCAUGUUAUGGUUCCUGCUUUUUACACCUUGUUCUUUCGUCUGCUGGUACAGACCACUUUAUGGGGCGUUCAGGAGCGACAGUUCGUUCCGCUUCUUUGUCUUCUUCUUCGUCUAUAUCUGUCAGUUUGGAGUUCACGUUCUACAAACUAUUGGCAUCACUGGCUGGGGAACGUGCGGUUGGAUCGCAGCUUUAACUGGACUGAACACCAGUAUCCCAGUGGGCAUUAUCAUGUUACUGAUCGCAGCGCUGUUCACAGCGCUGUCUGUCGGCUCGCUCAUUAUGUUUAAAAAGGUGCACGCGCUCUAUCGUACCACUGGUGCUAGUUUUGAGAAGGCUCAGCAGGAGUUUGCAACUGGCGUCAUGUCUAACAAGACUGUUCAGACUGCAGCUGCCAACGCUGCAGCUAAUGCUGCAUCCAAUGCUGCUCGUGGGGCCUUCAAAGCUCAUCCAUAAACUAACACACAUAUACAUACAUACACAUACAAACAUUGAAAAGAUGGUGAUGCACAACUCUGGCCCAGCUGGCACACAGAUCAGACUGAUUUAAUAUAUGAAUUUUGCAAUGCCGAGAUUGCCCUGCACACUUUGCUUAAGAAGUGUAAAGAAAAUACCAGACCACUGACCAGAGUUGUCCAUCUUCACGUAAAGUCAUAUAUCAAUAAAACCACCCACAUCCACUCUAUCCACUUCUCAGUCAGGUGACUGACUGCUCACAUCGCUUGAAAUAUCCACUGAGUAUUUCAAGGUGUGCUCUGAAUGUGUGGGAUUUCAUCUCACACUCUCUUAGUUCUUCACUUUUCCUGUUUUUCUGUCCUCUUGAGGUGAUCCUAGGUCACGCACGGGUCGCAGUUCUAGCAUACCGUAUUUUGUUAUGGCGAUGACAGCCAAACAGCUUCCUGUCCGGUUAAUACAGUAUAGAGUCAUGAGAAGUGAUGAUCUGAUCAGUGUGUUUUGCACAUAGUUCUGUUUAGUUAGUACCAAAACAGUACAGUUUUUGUUUGAAUGGCUGGGCCUGUCUGCGAAUGUGUACUUGACUUUAAAAAAAAGUUGUGGCUCUGACUUAUUUUUACUUAUAAUUCAGUGCUCGAUCAUUGUGAUCUGAACAGUAACUCAUGCUCUGAGACAAAUACCAGUCUCAUUACUGUAAAACCUAACUCAUUUAAAUUGAAAUACAUCUGUAUGCUUUUAUUUAUGGACCCGGCACCUGGAUCAGUUGAACAGUUAACCCCUCUCUGUGUGCUACUUUGAUAGGCAGAGUGGGCUAUGUUGGCAUCUCUGUGGCUCACUAAGAUUUGACAGCAUGGCGAUGUCCACUCUUAGCCUUCGCUAUAGCUACAUGGUUAGUUGAUUCACAGGAUGCCUGCUGUCUCAUUUUCUCCUGGUUUCUAUGGAAAGUGAGCUGUAAUAGUAUUUCAUGUCCCAGUGGCUGUUGGGAUCUGUUUAUGAACAUACACUGAACACCCAGGUCACUAGAUCUCCAGUUCUCACCACAAACUCAUCUCAUGUUCUAUACUGCUUAGUCCCGAACGGGGUCACGGGUCUCACCACAAGCCUGAGAGUAAUUCAGCCAGAUGUUUUGGUGGCCUGGUGCCCUAAAAGAGGAGCAAACUUGAGAAAUAAUGUGAUUUAGUUUUAUGUAUGUAUGGUAUUACCAGACUACUCUGAGGUUCCCCCUCCUUUUUGUUGCCCUUCACAUUUGGUUCAAAACAAACGCUGCUGUGAACCUGAGAGUCGCUUGUUUGUGGCCUUCUGUCAUGUUUCCUGUUGAAAAGAUCAUGUAACUUGCAUUGGAGAAGUGAGCGAAGUGACCCACCUUUUCCCACAAAAGACUGUGAUAAAAUAUGAUUUUUCAUCAGAUUAACCUGCAGGGCCAACAACCUAACAGAACAUAGUAGAACACUAAUACUGUGUAUGUGUACACUAUAUAGACAGUCGGUUUGCAGCCCACUGGUCUAUGUCUUAAAAAAGAGAGCGUUGGGUUUGAUCCACGUUCACUCAUACUAAGAUAGAUUAAUUUAUAAACAAUAAUAACAGUAUUAUUCCACACUAAGUUGUACAGACUACUGUCACUGAAGUGAACCAUGGAGUGGGUUGCAUCUGACUUGUGCUUUAGUAUCACUCAGAGUGGUGGUGAGUGUCUGACGAUGCAUUAUAGAUGACUAAUAACUGGUACUGCUGUUUUUAGAAAUGAAUGGGCUGAACUUUAUAGUGGACAGAAUAUUCCUGCGAGUGUUUUCCAGAUGAAAAUUAAUAAAUUGUCUUGAAAUAAUUAGCUUCUUUCUUUUGGAAGUACUUUGCUUUAAAUGCAUUGCACAUUUCUUGUUUUAUGGUGAACCUUGCGCAAAAGAAACUUUAUUUGUGGCAUCAUUUGUUUUCACUUCAGUUUUUCUUUUGAUUUUACAUUAUGCAUUUUGUUUGUGUGGUUUCAUAAUAACAUGAUCAUAGGAUCAGCCAGUUUAAAAAAAGUGUUCGAUGACUUUGCAGCUUGACCGUUCAACAGGCGUGUUUGUGUGGAUGAGGAUGUGUAUGAUUGGUAUGAGAAAGAAAAAUCUCCCUCAAGUCUUAUUCUAUAUCCUGAAAAGCUGUGAGAAAUCUACCAAAUGUCCAUAUAGAUUUGUUUUUAACUCCUGGUUUGUGAUGUGUUCCCUUGCCAUGUUUUUCUUUAUUAUGUAACGUUUCUUUGCUACAAACACCCACGACUCUCAUGUAUCUAUAGUUUUAAUAUGAAGCCAUGUCACAGUGGGUCAUUUCUUGAUGUCUUUAGUGAGCUGGUCUGCAGAACAGAGCAGUAUUUAAAGCUUGCUGACACAAAACUGUUUUUGACCUGUGACCAUGUUAUUUCACUGAAUCUGAGAAGAAACUCUUUUAAAAGGGACACUUGUAUAUUUUGUAAAGUUGAAAAUUUGAUCCCCAUCAUCAGUCACAUGUAAAAAGAAAACAUAAUGCACUCUUGUCUGGCCUUUGUCGCAUGUGAAAUUGUUUGAGUUUUGUAUAUUUAUGGUAUUAACAUGAAAUAAAAUUUGAAAGAAA